AUGAAAUCACAAGCUAUUACUCUGUUCGCUUUGGUGUUCGCUGCCGUAGGCCUCGCCCACGACCAUCACCACGAAGACCAAAUUCCUUUGAAUUAUGUCAAAUACCCCUACCAGGCCAUGUACCCAGGCGAUAAUGAAGUGACCGCGGACUCCAUUUUUUCUGGAAUUACCACAUUCGCCAAGCUACCAUGGGUACAAUGUCUUGGCAAGGACCGGGAUACUACCUUUGACAUCGCGUUUAUCGGCGCCCCUUUUGAUACAGGGACAUCCUACCGCCCUGGUGCCCGGUUCGGGCCUGCUGGUAUUCGUGCCGGAUCCCGACGGUUGACCUUGUAUGGAGGAUACAAUGUUCCCCUUGAAAUCAACCCAUUUCUUGCUGGACUCAAGAUUGUAGAUUGCGGUGACAUCCCAGUCACGCCCUACGACAACAAGUUCGCCAUCCAGCAAAUUGAAGGCGGGCACAAGGAGCUCCUUCACCGACCUGCUUUUUCUCCACUUGGUAACGACGCUCUCACCGGCAAACCUCUCGUACCGAUUUCGGUCGACGGAAAGAAUCAUCCACGGGUAGUCACACUUGGUGGUGACCACACGAUUGUUCUGCCUUUGCUCAGGUCUAUUCACUCCGCAUACGGACCAAUUUCUGUCAUCCACUUUGACUCCCACUUAGAUACUUGGAAACCAUCUGUGUUUGGAGGCGCACCUUCCGACCAAGCCGCUAUUAACCACGGCACAUACUUUUACUGGGCCAGUCAGGAGGGUCUGAUUAAGAACGGAAGCUCCAUUGCAAGUAUCUUAUCUUCUUACCUCCCAACAUCUAUCACCGAAUACUUUGAUCCUAGACCAGCCGAUUAUGCUAAUGACGACGCGUCGGGUUUCCGACGAAUCGAAGCCCGUGAAAUCGACACCAUAGGCACUGACGGAAUUAUUGCAAGGAUUCGGGAGACCGUCGGCGAUCGACCCGUUUAUCUAUCCAUCGAUAUCGAUUCCAUUGAUCCCGCAUUCGCUCCUGCCACGGGCACCCCGGAAACCGGCGGCUGGUCUACACGCGAGUUACGCACCAUCAUCAGAGGCCUGGAUGGUCUCCACAUUGUUUCGGCCGAUAUUGUUGAAGUUGCUCCUGCAUAUGAUACCAAUGCAGAGCUUACGACCAUGGCUGCAGCCGACGUACUUUUCGAGGUCAUUAGUGUCAUGGCAAAAACCCCCUUGGGUAAAGUCGCGAAUUAA